AUGCAUUUUAUUUGCUUAACCAUCUUUAUAACUGCUUUAUUCUGUGCUAAUGGCAUCAUCGAAGGAAAACCAACUGGUCCAUCAUCGGCCAAUAUAAAGGAUUAUGUAAAAUAUUUAUUAAGUCUAAUAGGUGUGGAAAAUGAAUAUACACGAUUUUUAUCAUAUGUCAAAAUAUAUCCACCAGAAGAUAAGAAAAUGAAAGCUCUUUACGAUGAAUAUUUUUCAUUGGAAUCAUAUUUAUCUGAUCUUACAGAUAUUUAUACGAAACAUUAUACAUUAGAUGAUAUACUUAAACUUAUCGAUUUUUAUUCCAGUUCAUUGGGUAAAAAAACUCUUCAAUUAAAUCAUGAAUUAAAUCACCAAAUGGAAGAUGUAAUGUUAACGAAAAUCAGUGAUUAUAUAUUUACAUCUACAGAAAAAGGCUUCGAUAUUAUUUUACCACAAAUCUCAAACUAA